AUGUCCACCGCAUCGGUCUGGCCAUCCCUUUAUAACUGGGUCAUUGAGUUGUUUCCCAUAGGAGGAAAGGCCCCAGUUCAACCAGGAGGCUACUACUUGUACGACCGUAAUGAGAUAUUCCGAUUUACACUCUAUUGGACACUUGUUUUCUAUGGGCCUGCAUACAUCAUCUGCGCUACGUAUGCUUUCUUCAACGUAACCUUUCCUCCCAGUCGUCCAUCGCCAGAGCACCUCAAGCGACGACCCUCGUUUCCUGUCCCAUUCAGUUCCUCCUAUUUCGGUGCACCACCGAUGGUCGCCGUCAAUGACAUUCCUAUGACUCCCUACUCCCCCAUUCCGCCUGAAGCCGAUGCAGAAACAACAGCGGCCUUGGCCCAUCGGUAUCGUGCUUUGCUGAAGCCGAACGAGAAGCGGUCCCGAGUCACCUUUGCGCUACUCGUUUUCCUUGCGUUUGCUGUUUUCUCAGUUGCCGGUGCCGUGAUAGGCUCGGCAGUGAUAGGCUAUGUUCUCGCGGGCUUGUUCAAAGCAGGAGAUUUCAAUAUGUCAACGUCAAUGGAUCCCGUUUCUCGGAGGGGUUCUGCAGACUUUGGUAGGACUCCUUGGUUUAUGGCCUUCUGUGGUUGA